GUCCUUGCCCGAAAAAAAUUAUGGAAGGAAGAGGAAACACGACGUCCGGUAUUGGAUGCCAUAUUUGCGGGCUUGUAUUGGCUAGAGGAGGAAGUAAGAGAAUUCCACGGAAAAAUGUUCGUUCCAUUGCAGGCUUACCAUUAUUAGCUUGGGUUUUACAUCCCAUGCUUGACUGUAAAAAGCUGACAUCUGUCUGGGUAUCGACAGAUGACACCGAGAUAGCCGAAGUGGCCCUUCGAUACGGUGCUCAGGUCCACUAUAGGGACAAGAAAACUGCCAAAGAUUCCAGUUCUUCCCUUGCAGGAGUUCAGGAUUUUGUGCACAAGCAUCCAGAGAUAUCUGUGAUAGCAUUGGUCCAAUGCACAUCUCCUUGCCUGCUACCUAUGUAUCUGGAUAAAGCUUGUGAAAUGAUACUAGAUCAGAAGUACGAUUCGGUGUUUUCAGUUGUGAGACAAAAGAAGUUAAGGUGGAAAGAGGUGAAACCAGGCGAAAGCACGGAACCUCUGAAUUUCAAUCCACAUCAAAGACCAAGACAACAAGAUUGGGAUGGGGAACUAGUGGAAAGCGGGCAUUUUUAUGUCACCAGAGUUUCAGUUAUAAAGGAUAACUUGCUUCAGGGUAAAAGGUGUGGCUACGUUGAAAUGCCCGAAGAACUUUGCAUCGAAAUCGACUCGGAAACCGAUUGGAUCAUCGCUGAAAAGUUAUUGGAACUGUACGGAUACAAAAAGAACGUAAACGAAUUAAAAGAAUAUUACGUUUGAGAACUCAUUCAAUUGGUACUACAAUAGAAACGGGGUGCUAUUUUUGAACGUACCAGCAAUAAAAGUCCUUGGAAAUCACCGCAAUGAUUUUUUAGGACAGCAAUUAAACAUAAAAUAUUACGCACUUAACACAGGAAGAAAAAAUUUAAUUGUUACUGAACUAUAGCGAAAAGUAUGCGUAACAUUUUUGUAUAGCGACUUCUGGUGCAAAGUACUAUAUGAUAAUCUAAAGAAUGUUGUGCACGAUCACUUCAUACCAUUUUAUUUUAUAAUCAAUCUAUUCUAAUCGGAAAUCCACAAAUAUUUCACUUCAGCUUCACUUCACCCCUUUAGUGGAUACCUUGUAAAAGUAACCACACGCCUCCUCCUCCCCAUCUCAUACUUAUUUGUAACUGGGGAUGCCUUAAUAAAGAAAGAGCACCCCCACCCCCCGAACAGACUUCUACUGCACUACGGAGGGCGACUUUUCUAUCACCGAUUCGUGUUGGAUUUACAUCCUUUGGUUAAGCUAAGUUGGUGUUGGAAAUAAUAAUAAAAGAAUUCCUAAUAUCCCCCCUUUCAAUUAUCCAACACCCCCCCCCCCUUCCGUUAUCAUCGUAAAAACCAAUCCAAACAGAGGAUGAAAAUGGAGUGGUAGAUUCAACCUUCAAUUCUACAUCAUGCCAUUUCUAACAAGUUUUCGCAUUGAUGUUCGAUCCUGAAGUGCCACCACUCCAUUGGCAUGGUAAGGAGUGGUCGUGAAUGACCGAUUUAGUGCCAUAAGUAAGCAGCCCCAUCCGCAUUCACCGCAAAGUGACACCACUCCGUUGGCAGGGUGUGGAGUGGUCGUGAAUGCCUGGUUUAGUGCCAUAAGUAAGCAGCCCCAUCCGCAUUCACAAAGCGACACCACUCCGUUGGCAUGGUGUGGAGUGGUCGUGAAUGACCAGUUUAAUGCCAUAAGUAAGCAGCCCCAUCCGCAUUCACCGCAAAGCGACACCACUCCAUUGGCAUGGUGUGGAGUGGUCGUGAAUGCCUGGUUUAAUACACAUCAGUGCCACAACUGUGCAAAUUGUAUAAAUGCAUUUGCACGGGGGUCCAAAGCAAAUAGUGGUGUUACGUUUACAGUUUGUGAAAUCAAUUAUAAAUUUUAAAAAAUAAGUAUUUCACAAACACCCUAAGGAAGUAAAGUUUUGUAUUAAUAAAACCAUAUUUGGUUGCUAAAAUAUUUCGAUCGAGUUGACAAACUCAAAGGUUAAUACUAAAUCAAAUAAUCGAAGUAAGCUAUAAAGCAGAUGAGUUCUCCCCUCAAUUUUCUCUCACAUUUCCAUAAUAUUGGGUGUGUUGUGCUUAGCUUCGUAGUAUAGUCAAGAUAAUUGAAUAUGAAUUUUGAUAUAACUACUCUUCAUGUUGAAUGAAAUGGGUCACAAAUUCGUAAUCUUGGUGAGAAAAACCAUAAAGAAAAUAAUUUGUAAUUUCGUUGAGUCCAAAUCACCGUUUCAUAUACAUGCAGAGAGGCAGACAGAAAAGAAGCCUACCUUUUGAUAACGUGUUCCAAUUCAUUUACAUUUUCUACCACAUUCUAAAAUUCAUCUAUCUGCGUUGUUGUGGUUCUGAUACAUCACCCUAACAGACUUAUAAUUAUACAUACGGACAGCUAUAGCCAUAGCAAAGGCAAGUUUUGCUUGGUGCAUGACAUUUUCGCCCCCAUUGAUAUCUCGCUUUCAGAAAUGUCAUAAAUGAAAUAGUUUUGUCCCCGUGACUCUUGCUAAGCUUGGCAAAUGGGGCCCCUGUAUCAUUACCCCAGGCACCCUUACCACACUGACUGCUACUGAUCAGCAGGCAGUCAACCUAAAGCUUUAUAUAGUCGAAAAUCUAAUACACAUAUACAAUUAUUUUGAUAAAAUCAUAUGUGAAAUUUAACCCAUUUAGUUUAUAGCAUUUUUGACUUAUUGAUUUCACGAUCACAUGAACAGACAGACAGUCUUCUCUUUGAUGGAAUGGCAAUAACAUUUAUGCAAACGUAGAAUUCUAGUGGCAAAAAUACUUUUCAAAUGCCAUUCAUUUAGCCCAUUCUUUUUUUUUUUUUUGAAUUAGUAUUUUUGUACAUAUAAACGAGCUGAUAAAGGUGCAGAGGUCAUCUCAGAGUAAAGCUAACUUCGGUAUCUGCAAUAUACCAAAUUUCAUUCUUCUAGCUCAAAGCGUUCUUGAUUUGGCAUGUCCAUAGACAGACAGACGUAAUUCCUAAAAUGUGUUGUGUCAGAGAAGUAUGAAACGCUGAGAUUCGUCAAAAUCUCGAGUUCGAUUUUUUUUUUUUUUUUGACGAUUUGCUUUUUUCUUUGUAUAUGAAAAAGUAAUAAAUUAUAGUUAAGGCACUAAUACAAAGUAUGAAAUAGAAUAUAACUAUGCAAAGCAGAAAUCGUUUUUUGAAAAAGAUUUAUAUGCAAUAUAGAUGCCUGUCAUUAAUUGUGAUAUAUGAUACAAAACUGCGCCAAUCUUAUGAUAAUUUAAUUAUAGGGCAGAGAGGGUAAUGCAAAAAUUUGGUGCUUCAUACUAGAGCUAAUAGAAAUUUUUCUCAACUCAACACUAUAACUCACUGCAAGACGUCACAUGCGCUGCUAAAAGAAUUCAUGCACAUUAUUGUCAUAAAAUGCAUUUAAUAUGUUCACCAACAGCAGGAAUUAUUCGACUUGGUUACGUAAAGUUUGUAAAAAGUACAUGAAGUAAGCUCUCAGUAAUUCGACUGUACUUAUAUCCGGUGGUUUUCAAAGGUAAGCUGAAGUGUAAAAUGAGCCAACUCCUCAAAUUUUCUCCCAUACUCUCUAAUAAAGUAUUAUCUCCAAAACUAUCACGAACUAUUAACAUUUGGCAGGAACUUAGCAUUUUUAUUGAAUGUAUCGAGCGAUCCUUGGCGAGUUUUUUUUUUUUUUGAGAUUAUCCUCGCUAUGGUGUUAAAAAUAUCCGAAAAUCAAAUUUGUGUUUUAGACAUGUUCUCCUCAAACGAUUGAAACAAAAAUUUGACAGAGAAUUACACCCAAAAAAUCCCAUACCAAAUUUGAUAUAUUUAAUUCAAUACGUUUUUAAGUUAUCGCGUUGACAUGUGUACUGACAGACAGACGACAAACUCCUGGUUGAAUUUGGUAUAAAAUGUCUACACUUUUGAUAUUAAAUGUACGUACCGAAUAUUAUCUGUCUAUCUCUGUUCGUUUUGCAAUUAUCAUGUUGACUUAUAUUCGAAUAGCCGGACAGACAGCGCUACUCUCACCGGAACGUGCUCAAAAUUAGAUAGAUAUCUACAAAUUUGUAGCUAAGAUAGUAUUCCAAAUUUCAUCCAUCUAGCUCGAAGCGUUUUUGUAUUAUUGUCACGAUAGACAGAGAGACAUUUUCCAAAAAGUAUGUUUUUCGAAUUCAAGGAGAUCUAAACGUAGAAAUUUGCUAAAAUUUCGAGUUCGAAUUUUUCGAAGAUUGUAAAACUUUUUCUAUACUUCGUACAAGAGAAAGUAAAAAACAAGUUACUGUGGCAGAUUUCAAAGUUUUUUUUUUUUUAAUGAACUUCUAAUAAUCCAAUGCUUUUGAUAAUCCGGCUAUCACGUGACUUGAUACUCAUUACUGAGAGUUUACUGUACUUUCUUAUAAUAGAUUAUUAGUAAUUUAAGCAAUGAAAAGUCUUCUUAGAAUGUUAUAAGUAAUCUAAGUCUGUAUUACACUGAUAAAUUUGUUUAAUAGAUUAUAUUUAUUUAUUUUUGUAGUG